GAUGGGUAUUGGGAAUUUUCUAUUAGUACCAGAAUCAGAUUAUAACCUAUUAGGUAGAGAUAUGAUUGUGGAAUUAGGUAUUCAAAUCAAGGUGGUAGAACAGGAGAUUCAGAUUAAGUUGUGUCCCCUAAGAUUAGAAGAUGAGAGAAAAAUCAACCCUGAAGUAUGGUAUAAUCCGGAUAGUGCUGGCAGAUUAGAAAUUACCCCCUUCAAGGUAACCAUUAGAAAUCCGGAGAUUCCAGUAAGAAUAAAACAAUACCCGAUGUCUUUGGAAGGGAGCAAAGGGUUGAAACCGGAAAUUGAUAGACUAAUCAAACAAGGAUUAUUAGAACCCUGUAUGUCCCCUUAUAAUACCCCAAUUUUACCAGUAAAGAAAUCAAACGGGUCUUAUCGUUUAGUACAUGACCUGAGAGAAAUAAACAAGAGGACGAUAGCUAGGUUCCCCGUGGUGGCUAACCCUUACACAUUAUUGAGCAAACUAAGCCCGGAUAACCACUGGUACAGUGUAAUCGACCUGAAGGAUGCCUUUUGGGCUUGCCCCCUAGAUGAAGCAAGCAGGGAUUAUUUCGCCUUCGAAUGGGAGGACCCAGAGACAGGGAGAAAACAACAGCUUAGAUGGACGGUGUUACCCCAGGGCUUUACAGAAUCCCCUAAUUUAUUUGGACAAGCUUUGGAACAAAUUUUGGAGGAUUACCAAACCGAACCGGGGAUAACCCUGAUACAAUAUGUAGACGAUCUAUUGUUAGCAGGGAAAGAUGAGGAGGGAGUACGAAGAGAAAGUAUAAAACUUUUGAAUUUCCUGGGGCUUAAAGGACUAAAGGUUUCGAAGGCUAAGCUGCAGUUUGUAGAGGAAGAGGUAAAGUACUUAGGACACUAUCUAAGACGAGGUGAGAAAAGAAUAGAUCCGGAAAGGGUGCAGGCUAUUCUAUCAUUGCCAACCCCCAGGAACAAGAGACAAAUCAGACAAAUCUUAGGUUUAACAGGAUACUGUAGACAGUGGAUAGAGAAUUACAGUAGUAAGGCCAGGUUUUUAUACCAAAAAUUGACUCAGGAUGGGUGGAUGAAAUGGACUCAGGAGGAUACAGAAAACCUGAAAGAAUUAAAGGAGAGCUUGGUGCAUGCUCCAGUUCUAAGUCUCCCUGACUUAAAAAGACCCUUUUAUUUAUUUGUUAAUAUAGAAGGGGGAAUUGCCUUUGGAGUACUAACCCAAGAAUGGGCAGACAAAAGGAAACCUGUAGCGUACUUAUCGAAACUUUUGGACCCCGUGAGCAGGGGAUGGCCUACGUGUUUACAAAUGUUAGCCGGAUGUGCCUUAUUAGUUGAAGAAGCUAGGAAAAUUACCUUUAACAGUAGUCUUAAGGUUUUCUCCCCCCAUAAUAUCAGGAGCGUAAUGCAGCAAAAAGCAGAUAAAUGGAUAUCAGAUGCUAGGCUCCUGAAAUAUGAGGGGAUUUUACUAGAAGCACCAAAUUUUACCUUAGAAACGACUGCUAUUCAAAAUCCGGCAACCUUUUUGUUCGGGAAUGUAGAAGAAGCACCUUUAAUACAUGAUUGCUUAAUAACUAUUGAAGAACAAACCAAGAUUAGGCCUGACCUGGAAGAAGAAGAGCUAGACGAGGGAGAAAAGUUGUUCAUAGAUGGGUCCUCCCGGGUGGUAGAUGGGAAACGCCAAUCAGGAUACGCUAUUAUUGGGGGCACAGACUUACAAGUAGUGGAAUCAGGGGCUUUAGAUAAAUCUUGGUCAGCACAAGCCUGUGAACUAUACGCUAUUCUGAGAGCUUUGAAGCUCUUAAAAGGGAAAGAGGGAACGAUAUAUACCGAUUCUAGAUAUGGGUUUGGGGUGGUACAUACCUUUGGAAAAUUAUGGGAAGAAAGGGGAUUAGUAAACUCACAAGGGAAGGGAUUAGUUCAUCAACAAUUGAUAACUGAAGUACUGCAAGCCCUGAGGGGACCAAAAAGAAUAGCAGUAGUACAUUUGAAAGGCCACCAAGUAGGAACAGACCUCAAGACGAGGGGUAAUAAUGCAGCAGAUCAAGAGGCUAAACGAGCAGCGGCUAGAGAAAUGCUCUUGAGAGAAAAACCAAGGGAGCAGGAUAGUCAGGAAGAUCCAGCAUUGGUCUUCACUCCCGAAGAGGAGGACAAAUUGAAGAAAAUGGGACUGUCUAAACUUAAUGGGGAAUGGGUAACUCGGGAUAAGCGGAAAAUAUUGCCAAAAGCCGUAGCCCAAAGAGUCCUAUAUAAACUACACCAAGGUACACAUUGGGGAGCACAAGGGUUAGCAGAUCACUUCGCAACCCAAUAUAUGACUAUAGGGCUACAUGAUAUCGCCAAAUACAUUACCAAGAGUUGCCCAACAUGCUUACGGGUUAAUCGAAGCAACCUGAGGAAGUUGCCCCCAGGGGGUCGGCCGUUGGCAAAAAGACCAUUUUCACAUAUACAAAUUGACUUUACUGAACUUCCAAAGGUAGGGCGGACACGAUAUCUCUUGGUAAUGGUGGACCACCUUACCCAUUAUGUAGAAGCAUUCCCAACUACCAGAGAAACCGCCCAUACUGUAGUAAGAAUCCUAUUAGAGGAAAUAGUGCCAAGAUAUGGAGUACCUGAAACCAUAGAUUCAGACAAAGGGCCGCAUUUCACCUCAAAGGUAACCCAAGAUCUAGCCGACUCCCUAGGAAUAAGGUGGGAGCAACAUACCCCUUAUCAUCCCCAGAGUUCGGGAAGGGUGGAAAGAAUGAACGGGGAAAUAAAAAAACAGCUAACCAAAUUAGUAUUAGAAACUAAAUUGUCCUGGGUAAAGUGUAUACCCCUGGCAUUACUAAACAUUAGGACACAACCCCGGGCGGACACAGGGCUAUCCCCCUUUGAGAUGCUAUAUGGAAUGCCCUACCACUUGGAAAAAGUACAGAUAAACCCCAAUAUCAGUAAUAAGAGUCUGAACAGUUAUUUGGUUACCUUGGAAAAAUACAGAAAGAAACUGUGGGAAAAGGGAAUGUGGGUUCAACGACCUCCUUUGAAUCUUGUAUUACACCAGGUUCAGCCAGGAGACUGGGUGUUAAUCAAGAGUUGGAAGGAAAAUCCUUUAACCCCAAGGUGGGAAGGCCCAUAUCUUACCCUGCUCACCACAGACACUGCUGUGAGAACUGCCGAAAAAGGGUGGACUCACGCCAGUCGAGUAAAAGGACCAGUGAACCCUUCCGACUUUCCUGAGCAUUCACAGAACUGUCAGUGGAGAAUAAAAGGACCCCCAGACGGCCUAAGACUGACAUUCACCAAAGCACCAGAAAUGGGCCGUCAUCCCGAUGACUGAGCAGUGGGAAAGGCUAGGACCAGCGGACCAAAGGAGGGUCCAACAGAAGCUGUCAUUAACUUUGCAGCCGUAUCUACUAAGUUUAGCACGCUUCAACUCAGCAGCUCGAGAAGCCUUAACGAAUCCUCCAGACAAUUGGGUCUGGUGGAUUGAAACUUUUGGACCCCAAGAGGAACCCUCGUUCCAACCUCUUAAACGCAGUCCCUGCUGUAGCUGCGGAAAAGAACUUUGUGAGGCAUGGGUAGCCUUUAAAUGUGGUGGUCGUAAUAAGGUUUAUUGGAAAGAACAAAGGUUAAUAUAUCACUUGUGGUGCGGGAGGUGUGCAGGCAAGGACAUUAGGAGGGGAGAUUGGGCUCUAGCAUUAGAAACAGAGAACGGAAUACCUUAUACUCAAUUUCGGAGUGUGUAUGAGACCCCAGAACAGCUCUUGUUAGCAUGGGCAAGGUGGCAAAUUAAAUGUUGGUUGAAAAAGUGCCGACAGAUCGCCAAUUCCCGUAUUCUAACUGCAAGGUGCCGACAUACGGUACCACACUUAAGGACCUCAAUAGUUGGACCCCUAGGAAAAGACACAGACCCAGAUACAGCUUUAAAUAAUUUGAUUGCUAAAUUUGAGCGUCUACAUAUCAAGAAAAGCCGGGCCAAUCCGUCCCUGUCAUAAACUUUGUAAAAGGUUGUGGUGAGUCCACUGCCAGAGAGGGAGGGCUCCCAGAAAAUACUUACCAACCUCGUUGGGAGGGAUAACUAGGGAAAGAACUCUAGAGUGUCCUAACCAGUCUCUUGGUCCUUACAAGGGUAAAACUCGCAAGCAAAAUAACAGCUAUAGGUGCGACUCCCUGUUAACCCUCUUAAGAGGCGAAGGAGGUGCAAACCCCAUCCCUCAGAAGAUCCUUGCCGCCGAGAAGAUAACAGCCCUCGUAACUGGUCGCAAACUAGUUGACGAGCGAGGCGGAGGGAUACGUAGCGGAAGGAUGGAAUUUCACAAAAUGGGAGCACCAAUAGAGCUUACAGGCAGGGAUCAAAAGGGCCAAGGGACUCAAGUUGAAGAAAGGGUGAAACUGGACAGGCUGAUUAUUCAUACCCAUACUGGCAGUGGAUGUUACUCAACUUUAAUGCGAAUAUUGAUGAUAUGGUUAUUGAUUAGGGAAACAUUAGGGGACAGCGUAAGCCAUGAACCCUUCAAAUGGUCACUUAUUAGGUGGGAAGAUCAACGAGUCAUAACAACAACUACAACUUCAGGAGUCCCCUCCUUUAGGUGUCAGCUAUGUGACAUUAUCCAGGCUAAACCCUGUUUAAAUAGGAUAGGGUUCUAUAUGUGCCCAGCGUCGAAUCCAGGGAAACCAUACUGCAACUAUCCUGGACACUUUUAUUGUGGAUAUUGGGGAUGUGAAACUAUAGCUCAUGGCUUUACCCCAGGAGGAGGGAGGGACUCAUAUAUAAGAGUCGGAUGGUACCCAUGGGGCUGUACCCCUCCCCGAUUUGAUUUUGCCGGUGGAGUGACAACGGGGGGGAACUGCCAGUCCAUUCAGAUAAACGUGACCAAUGACAAAAUUAACGAUCCAGUUUGGGUCACAGGAAAAACCUGGGGGGCAAGAUUAUGGGAACCAGGAAAGGAUCGGGGAGGGCAUUUUCUAAUAAGAAAAGAGCCAGUCCCUCAUGAUCCGGAACCUGUGGGGCCGAACCCCGUACUUACUGAAGAAGGGAGAAAGGGAGAAAGGGGCAAUUAUUCAUUAGUAGAAAAUCUCACAAGGAAGCCGACUCAGUCGGGAGAUUGGCCACUAACAGCUCCACCUGCUCGGGAGUAUAGUAUGCUGUGGAAAGUGAUGCAAGCUACAUUUAGAGUUCUCAAUACUACGAACCCAAAUUUAACCAAUGAAUGCUGGUUGUGCUAUACUGUUAACCCGCCUUUUUAUGAAGCUUUGGGAACUACAGCAAAACCUAGGAGGAUUAACGGAACCAAUCCACGGGAGUGCCUUUGGAAGAGAGGCCAGGACAGAACCCCAGGGAUAUCAAUAGUUCAGGUAACAGGGAAAGGGAGGUGCGUAGGAAAGAUUCCACCAGACAAAAAACAUCUGUGUGAAAUAGAUAUGACAACCGUCAAGUCUGAAAAACCGGCUAAGUGGCUUCUCCCUGCAGUAAAUGCCAAAUGGGUAUGCAAUACACUGGGAGUCACUCUAUGUAUAUCUAUACCUCAUUUCAAUGAGACAUUCGAAUAUUGCAUACAGGUUGUGAUAGUUCCCCGAAUUAUAUACCAUCCAAAGGAAUAUAUAUAUGAACAUCAGAUCACUCCUGAACAUCAUUUAGUGAAACGAGAACCCUUUACGGCCACAGCUCUCACAGUAGCCGUCCUAUUGGGCUUAGGAGGAGCAGGAGUAGGAACAGGGGCAACUGCCCUAAUAAAUCAGCAAAGGGGUAUGAAAGACUUGAGAGCCUCAGUAGAUGAAGAUCUAAAUAGAAUCGAAAAGGCAAUAGAUGGACUAGUCAAAUCAGUAAGAUCUUUAUCGGAAGUAGUACUCCAGAACAGACGGGGAUUGGAUAUACUGUUUCUACAACAAGGAGGGUUGUGCGUAGCAUUACGAGAGGAAUGUUGCACAUAUGCAGACCACACUGGAAUAGUGAUAGAUACCAUGGCCGAGCUCAGAAAACAAUUGGAGAAGCGAAAAAGGGAAAGGGAAGCACAACAAAACUGGUACGAAUCAUGGUUCAACCGCUCCCCUUGGCUCACCACACUCCUGUCCACUAUAGCGGGACCUCUCAUAUUGUUCAUCCUAACAAUCACUUUCGGGCCUUGCAUAUUUAAUAAAUUGAUUAAUGUGGUAAAGGGGAGAUUGGAAGCCGCCCACCUCAUGCUCAUUAAGGCGAGGUAUGAACCUCUAAGCGAUGGGAACACAGAGGACUACUUAGAGCUCAGCAGAAAGGAGCUUGCCAGAUUCAGUGAACAAAAAUAGUGACAUAGAAAAAAAGGGGGGUUUGUGAUGGGAAUAUGACCUUUUUGUUCACUGAAAACAGGAGAAAACAUAAGGUUGUGAUGGGAAUGUGACCUUCUUGUUCACUAAAAACAGGAGGAAACAUAAUGUAAAUAAGUAACUGCCAACUGCCAGGCGAUAACAUAUGAGACUAAACAUUGCUGAGCUAAUCAAAAUACAAGUUGUUCCCAGCCCAGAUUCCCAGAGAGGGGGGCGCCGAGGAAAAGUACCAGAGGCCCUAUUCGACGACCACCAGGAGGCAGAAGGAGACCCUCUAACAACCCGGUGGACAUGCGCGGAGAAGCACCGGAAAUGCGACGGGGCUAGGAGCGCGGGAGGGUACAAAAAGGGGAACGGAACAGUUUUCGGCGCGGUAGUUGGUGGAGCAAGGACUCCCCCGCCGCCCAGCGCUGCGAUUUUGCUUUCUCUUUUCUGUAUUAUUAAAUUGGCUAUAUAAUUGACCCGACUGGCCCAUUGUGCUCAUUUAUAA